AUGGCUCCGUCGAUUCGUGUUAUCGGCUCUCUGAACGUCGACAUGGUCUCUGUGACCUCUCGGUUCCCUGGCCCCGGAGAGACACUGACAGCGACAUCCUUCAAAACCAGCCCAGGCGGCAAAGGUGCCAACCAGGCCGUUGCCUGUGGCCGUUUAUCUCGAUCCCGGCCGUCCCCGAAUGCUUCUUCCAAGGAUGUGCUGGCAGACGUCGAGAUGGUUGGCGCAGUUGGCCGGCUGGACGCACAUUUCGAGACACUGCUACAGCCCACACUUAACAAGUCUGGUGUCAGCACGGCGCGAGUACGGACGAUAGACGACGAGCAUACGGGUGUGGCCGUGAUUAUCGUCGAUGAGUCUGCAGCUGGGGAGAACAGGAUACUCUUCUCGCCCAAUGCGAAUUACACCGGCAUGAAGGCUACGGAGGAGGUUAUUGGACUUUCGCUGUCUGCCCCGUUACCAGAUAUCAUUGUCCUACAGGCGGAGAUUCCGGUUGAUACAGUUAUUGGUAUUUUAAGAGCCGUGGCAUCCAAGAAAGAGUUCCAACAAGGAGAGAUCGAAGUGGUAUUCAACCCCGCACCGGCACCAGAAGGCGGAUUACCAGAUGAUGUAUAUUGGUCGGUCGAGCAUUUGAUCAUGAACGAGACGGAAUGCGAGUUGAUGGCACCAAAGGACCUACAUGGCCUCGAGGGGCUGUCGGAGGAAGACCGGAGGGAUAAAAUCGCCGUUCACUUCCAUUCGCUAGGCGUGCGGUAUGUGAUUGUCACCCUCGGUGCGAAAGGGGUGUGGUAUAGUGCCGCUCGGCCGGGGAAGAUGGCCCAGAAAGAUACAAGCAAGUGGGAACGGUUCGUCAAUGACAUUCCGGCUUCGAAGGUGGAGAAGGUGGUAGACACUACGGGGGCGGGCGAUACCUUUGUUGGCGGAUAUUGUGUACAGGUUGCUCAGUGGAGAGAGCAACGACGGGCUGCAGGGAAGGACUGCUCGGAUCUCACGGCCGAGGAAUGGAGUGAUAGGCAUGGACGAGUUACGGAGGAAGCUAUUCGGUGGGCGACAAGAGCGUCGGCUCAAUGUGUCCAGCGAUCCGGAGCGAUGGAUAGCAUCCCAUUCCGGGAUGAGGUCUAA